GGUGGCAGGCCUGAAGUCACCCCAUUUUGCUUACUUGAGAAGAGAGCAGAAUCAUAGGCCGGUGUUGAAUGACUGCCUUUCCUGGGAUUCUAGAUUCAAGAUUAGAAGAGACAUGGGCGAUUUUGAAGGCAGAGGGGAAGGAGUCAUCAGAGAGUGAGUGAUUGAAGACUGUGGUCAUGGAGGGAGGAGAAGAAAUACGGUGCCCAGGAAGCCGAAGAGCAGAUUUUGAAUUCCUUAGCGCACUAUAUUGGUGACAGCCGGGUGGGAAAAGUCCAAGCAAUGCCCUUAGUGGAAGGAAUCACUUUGCCUGAGGAAUCGUCACUCACUUUGCCAGUGGUAAUAGUUGGGAAUGGGCCUUCAGGCAUUUGCCUUUCGUAUAUGUUAUCGGGAUACAGACCGUACUUGUCUCCAGAAGCCGUACACCCAAAUCCAGUAUUGCAGAGUAAAUUAGAAGAAGCAAGACAUCUUUCCAUUGUUGAUCAGGAUUUGGAGUACCUGUCUGAGGGUCUCGAGGGCCGAUCAUCCAACCCAGUUGCAAUCCUUCUCGACACGCUACUUCAUCCGGAUGCUGACUUUGGUUAUGAGUAUCCAUCCAUUUUGCACUGGAAACUAGAACAACAUCAUUAUAUUCAUCACCUAGUGCUUGGUAAAGGACCACCUGGCGGGGCUUGGAAUACCAUGGAAGGUUCCAUGUUGACCAUCAGCUUUGGAGACUGGAUGGAGUUACCUGGGCUUUCAUUUAAGGAAUGGGCAGCUAACAAACGAAGUAGAAAUCUCAAGAGUGACAGAGUUAUGCCCGAGGAAAUAGCUUGUUACUACAAGCAUUAUGUAAAAGUCAUGGGUCUCCAGAAGAACUUCCGAGACAACACUUAUGUAACCUCUAUAUCAAGACUUUACCGAAACCAAGAGGAUAGUGAAAGUGAAGAUCAAGAAAAUGAAGACCUUUCACCUCAGCAACUACCAAUUGAGAAAUCAACCUUCAUCAAGAGGAACUGGGAAAUUAGAGGCUAUCAGAAAGGAGCUGAUGGGUCUCACAUUCCCUUCUGCCUCUUUGCUGAGAACGUCGCUCUAGCCACCGGGACGCUAGAUUCUCCAACCCAACUGCAGGUGGAAGGGGAAGAUUCUCCUUUUGUGUUUCACUCGGUGGCAGAAUUUGGGACUGCCAUUAGCAAAGGGAAAUUUCAGGGCAGCGUGGACCCAGUCGUAAUAGUAGGCUCUGGACUUUCCGCCGCAGACGCAGUGCUGUGCGCCUAUAACAGUAACAUCCCCGUAAUCCACGUGUUCCGCAGACAGGUCACCGAUCCGGGCUUAAUUUUCCAGCAGCUCCCCAAAAAGCUUUAUCCCGAAUACCAUAAAGUCUAUCAUAUGAUGUGCACUCAGACAUAUGCUGUAGAACCCAGCUUAUCAUCUGCUUACAUCAGUUUCCCUGAGCACCAGGUGCUUUCUUUUAAGGCGGACAUGCGAUGCGUUCUCCAGAGUGCUGCCGGAUUGAAGAAAAGCUUCAAGUUCUCGGCGGCAGCAGUGAUGAUAGGUUCGCACCCAAGUCUCUUCUUUCUGAAGGAGCAAGGGUACCACCUGGGCCACAACUCAGACCAACCCAUCACCUGUAAGAGCAAUCCAGUGGAAAUUGAUCCGUACACGUACGAGUGCACGAAGGAAGGCAACCUUUUUGCACUGGGCCCUUUGGUUGGAGACAAUUUUGUACGUUUUGUAAAGGGGGGAGCACUGGCCAUUGCACGCUGCUUAGUUACGAGGCAAAAGAAACAACAGCUAAUUGUCGAAAGAGGUGGAGAUGAUGGAGUAGCUUAAGAGCUUUGUUGGAGGCGUAAACUCAGAUGACUGUCUGGAUGGGUUCCAUUAAAAUGGUUCAAAUUGCGGGUCUGCAGUCUAUUGGCCUAUCUUUCAAAAUCUAGAGUGCCUAGUAGGAGAUGCAUAAACUGGCAUUUGGUCAUUUUUAGAAGGCUUUAGAAAACUUCCUAAGAACUUGGUCUGCUGCUUUAAAAUUGUACUUAAGUAUCACUUUAAGGUGGACAGGAAUUAGCUUAAGCUCAGGGGUUUGCUUUAGUUACCAGUGCAAGUGAAACAUUGUGUUGGUUUUCUCCCGAGAUGUUUUCUUCCAUCAGUUUUGUUUUGUAUAGUUUCAGCUUCCUAACGUCACUUCGUAAUGCCUCAAACCUGUGAAAUGGGGUGACAUGAAGAUCCGAAAUAAUUUUUGUUUGGCUGCUGUAUUGGUUGUUCAAGCCCAGUUUACUACUGAGUAAAACCUCCUUGAUGGUACACAUUGAGCACAGGUUUAAAUAUGUGAAAAUGAAAGAUCUCAUCCCUGCAGAAAAAGGAAAAGCCACCCAGUAAUUAGUUGUCGGUCCAUUUCUGUGGGCAUGGCUGGCAGGGGAGGAGGUGGCCCUGAGCAAACCUCUGGUCACUCAAACCACCAUAUUCGCGCAGACGCGCUGUCCUAAAGUCUUGAUGGCCGGGCUGAGGCUCAUCCACACCAUCAGCCAGAGACUCCACCAGGAGCCUCGAUGUUUACAUGUGCACAUUUGGAUUUGUAGAAAGAAAUAACAAACUCAUUUAGCCAGAGAUCUGUUCUCGACUAAAUUGCUAUGUAACCUUCCAGUAAUAUUUUGGUUGCCGUGAAAACAAUAAAUUGCUUAUGCAAGGGAUCCUA